AUGACCGCAGCAAACACUGACCACGAGAAACUUCGAGACAUCAACAUGCCUCAUAAAAUCCAAAUUUAUAACGUUGCUCCAAUCAUUGGCUAUAUCCCUGGGCCUCAUCAGAGGCUGUUCAAAGUCCAGGCAGAAAUUGACGCCGUUAUUCAGGAUUUCAUCCAGCAACACAAAGAUACACUGCAUGGUGAAGAGGUCAGAGAUUUCAUCUACGCCUAUUUGCUGGAAGUGAAGAAGGAGGAGAAUUCUCCCAACUCUUGCUUGACUGAGGGAAACCUGUUCCAUGAUGUCAAUGAACUGUUCAUCGCUGGCACUGAAACUGCAGCCACUACUCUGCAAUGGGCCAUUCUGUACAUGAUGGCUUUCCCAGAUGUACAAGCAAAAUGCCACGAGGAGAUUGAUAAAGUGAUUGGUGUCUCUCGUAUGCCAACCAUGGAGGAUGCAGUCAACUUGCCGUACGUCAAUGCCGUUAUCCACAAGAUUCAAAGAUGCGGAAAUGUGGUACCUCUUGCAGUAGGCCUUGCAGCAACAGAGGACACAAGCUUCAGGGGUUACACAAUUAAAAAGGGAACCUUGGUCUUAUUAAACAUGGAGUCAGUUUUGUCUGAAGAAAAGCGAUGGUGGGACCCGAAGCAUUUCAAUCCGGAGAACUUCCUGAAAGAAAAUGGGGAAUUCUUUAAGCCAGUUGCAUUUAUUCCAUCUUCAUUGGGUCUGCGAGCGUGCCCAGGAGAAAAACUGGCCAGAAUGGAGUUAUUUCUGUUUUUUACCGUUCUCCUUCAGAAUUUUGAGUUCCAGUGACCUGACAAGACAUCUCCUCCAAACGUGCAGGGAAUAUACAGAUUGACACUAGCACCACAACCAUACAAGAUGGCAAUAAGAUGUAGAAAUGCGCGAGAUGGUGAACCACAACCAAUCUUAGAGGCCGUCCACUUGAUGGUGUCAGAUCAACUAUCAACAUUUUGUUUCUCUUCAUGAUUCCUCUUGAGAUUUUUGGGUCACUUUUUGAUUACUUGAGGCCCCCUUUUUUUGGACAUCUAAUCUUCCAUUGUCACUAACUCAUUUAUGAGGUGCUUCAGUCAGGACCUAACACCAACUCCUGUAUUUGUAUUGAGGUACAGGCCAUUUGGAAUCAGAAUCGGAAGAAUUCACCUUGAAAGAAAUUCAUCUCUCCAUUAAAUUAAGUGUCACAAAAUAUGCAGAGGGGAGGCAAUAGCCGAGAGGUUUCAUUGUUGGACCAUUUGCCUUGAUGAUGGAAGUCUGGAGCCCAUUUGGAGUCCAAACUUACCAUUGGCUUUGAGGGGUUAUAUACCAAUGGCAGAGACUUUGAUAGCUGAUCUGAGAGCUCCCAGUUCCAAUACAGGUGCUCACUAUGCAGUUGCCUCCUAACCCAAGAUGAAAGGGUACUUCUGAAUUUUUACAGGGGCUAUUGUGGUGCAGUUGUUAUGUCGCUAGUCUGAGCCGGGAGACUGGCAUAAGGGUGGUAGAGAUAGAGGUAUUUAGAUGUAUGCUUGCGAUGCUAGGUAUCAGACAAACACUGGAA